AUGACCUGCAUUGGUUCUGAAAUUGAGACCUUAACAUCAGAAGAUUUUGGGUUUAAAAAACUAGGUCAAGCUGCGAUUUUACCUUCCUAUGAUGAAAGAUUACCAUUUGCAUCUUUACAAAACUUAGAUAUUUCAAAUCAUAGAUCAUUGUACGUUGCGUGCUCAGGUAAUAAAAUUGUUAUUGGCAAACUACAGCAAUUGAGAGAUUAUAUUCAAAAUGAUGCCAAGUCUGAAAUAUCGUUCAUAUGGGAAAGAGAAGUUGAUGAUGUGAUAGCGGUCAAAUUAAUACGAGACGAGAAAUUGGUUUACGUUAACAAGCAGUCUCAGGUUUUUGAAUUAGAUCUAAAUAAGUUGGGCGAACCGAGUGAAGUGUUUAACUUCGAUUGUGAUUUAGUCUACGUGAAAUUUUGGCGAAAUAGCGUUCUUUUGGCACUUGAUUCCAAUGGUCAACUAAGAGGUUUACAUUUGGUCCAAAGGCAAUUGACAUCUCUGCUAGAAAAUGUGGCAGCAUUUGAUCUGUUUCAGGAUAAACUAUAUGCGUUCUUCAAAUCAUUUUCCGUACAAGUUUUCGAAUUGCAAAGUUGGAAUCAAUUGUCAAAAAAUUCAGAGUUCACUACGCCUUCAGAGCUUUUAGACGAGAUUAAAGAAGAAUAUCUUCCCAUUAGCAUAACUGUCUUGGCAUCACAAGAGUACCAAUUGGUGUUUGGAAUUCCCGUUUCUGCAGAUGAGGAAGAUGUCUCCUAUGAUCACAGGAUCUUCGUGGUGAGAAAAGACGAUGAUAAGAUGACGUUCCAAGAAUCCUUCGAUAUAACACCAGCAUUUGGUUCUGUACUGAGGUACCCAAUGUAUUACGAUGAGAAACUGUCCCAAUUGCUGAAUGAUACUCCUCAGAUAAAUAUUUUAGCGUCUUCCUGUUCAAGUGAGAUCACAAUUUGGGAUUCUGCUAAAGUAGUUCAACCAUUACAAGAUAGUGAAAGAGCAGUGUUACCGAUCAGUAAAGUGACAGAUAAUGAUACCAAUCCUGUGGGAAUCGCUCUUGAUGUCGUCACUGAAGGUGUGGUUGCACAACCUUGUCCCGGUGUGGAUUCUGUAGAUAAACUGCCUUUGAUUUAUGUUUUAAACAACGAAGGUAACCUGCAAAUUAUUGGAUUUUAUCAUGCAACGGCUAUUAAAGAGGGCAAAUUUAAUGUCGAUGCUUUAAAACAAUCGAUUGUCGCUCAGGAGACCGUAGAAGAAGUGCCUUUCAAAGAAUCAGAAGCUAAAGAUGAGCCUAAGAAACUAGAAGAUCCAGUAAACUCUCUAGGUGGAUUAAGUCUGGGAGGCGAAACGAACAAAACGGAAUCGAAGCCUCUGUUUGGAGGCCUGGGACAAGCGGACUCAGGUACUACCAUUUCUCAAGAUUCUAGUACUUCAAAUCAACCUUCAUUCGGUAAGCCAUCCUUUGGUCAGUCAUCGUUCGGUCAAUCUUCUUUUGGUAAACCUGCCUUUGGCCAAUCCUCUUCUGACCAAUCUCCUUUCGGUCAAUCUUCUUUUGGUACACCUGCCUUUGGUCAAUCCUCUUCUGGCCAAUCUCCUUUCGGUCAGUCUGCUUUUGGUAAACCUGCAUUUGGUCAGUCAUCUUCAGAAUCAUCGGCGCCAGCAUUUGGCAAAACUUCAUUUGGUACCUCCAUAGAAUCAUCGGCGCCAGCAUUUGGAAAACCUUCAUUCGGUGCAGCAACCAACACAUCCGCUCCAGCGACAGAAUCUUCAGUCCCAGCAUUUGGAAAACCAUCAUUUGGUGUAGCAACCGACACAUCCGCUCCAGCGACAGAAUCUUCGGUUCCAGCAUUUGGAAAACCUUCAUUCGGUGCAGCAGCCAACACAUCCUCUCCAGCAUUUGGUCAGCAUAUCUUCGGCAAAAGUGGAUUUGGAGCCUCCUCCGGAAAUGAAUCUGCACUUGACAAGCCAUCUGAGCCCGCAUUCGGGAAAGCAGCCUUUGGUCAACCGUCCUUCGGUCAACCAUCCUUUGGUCAAUCGUCCUUCGGUCAACCAUCCUUUGGAUCUACCACCAAUGGUCCAACUUCUAGCUCAUCAACUUUUGGAAAACCAUCUUUUGGUUCUAAUAGUAAUACAGGCUUUGGUGCAUUCGCAUUUCCUAAGGAAAAAUCACCCUUCGAAUCAUCCAGUUUGAAUACUUCUGGUUCUUCAUUUGGAAAUUUUGCCAAGGGCCAGUCCAAGAGUGAGAGCCCAUUUGCCAACUUAGUAAAGAAAGAGAAUGAUGACAAUAAAUCUCUGUUUGGCGCUGAAAAGAAAGAUGGAGAUACUUCAGAUAAACCAAAGCUUGAGAUCUCCGAACAACCCAAAUCUGAAUCCUCUACUUCUUCUUCUCCUCCAGCUGAAACUAAACCUUCUUUCAGUCGGCUGUCUACAGGUGUUAAUGCAAAGAGCAUUACAACUCCUGAAAAACCAACUUUUGGUCAUUCUACGCUUGGUAGCAUUUCUAGUAACAAAAAGCAAAGUCCCUUUGCAGCUUUAGCCAAAGAUGAAAAUUUGCCAGUGUUCACAUCGCCCUCGUACGGAGCAAGUACAAGUAGGCCUUCCUUUGGACAAGCUUCGGCGGCACCGUCUUCACCAAGUAAACAGAAGUUUUCACCAUUGGGCCAAAAAGAAGGUAAGAAGGAAGAGGAAGAAGACAAGAAUGCCAAGGAGGGUAAGAAAGCUGAAGAUUCAACUGAAGAAGAAAAGACUUCCACUGGAAAGAAAAGCUCACCAGAUAAUGAUGAUGAUUUAUCAGAUUCGACAGUCGAACAGACGCCAGCAAGAUCAGAAUCUUCUAUAUCUUCUUUGACUGCUAAAAUAAAGGAAAGUGCAACUCUUUCUUCUAAUGAUUUGAAAUCACCAAGUAUCACUCAGCAACCAAAAUCCAAGGAAGGUCAAUCACCCUUUGCCCAAUACACUAAUGAUUUAAAUAAACCAUCUUCAACUGGGUUCACAUUCUCCCAGGUACCAAAUUUGAACAAGGAAAAAGAGGAUUCAAACAAUGAAUUCAAAUUGCAGAUUUCUACCAAAGAUGACAAAAGGACAGAAACUCAGACACCGGAGUCUUCUGAGAAUGAAGGAACUUUACCAGAAGAUCUCGAAAACUCAAUUGAAGGUGCUCCUAAAGAUUCGGUUAGCUCUCAUCCUGACGAAAAGGGUGGAUACGGUGGAGAUGACGAAAGUCAACCAAAGACGUCUGAAGUGAAAAAAGAAGGUGACAGGAUAAAGUCUUCUUCACCAACAGCAUUGAAUGCAGUGAGCAGAGAGGAAUCUUAUGACACGCUAGAUGAUUUUACGCGAGGUGAAUUGGAGAACGCUGGAAUUGGUGCAAAAGCGGCAGCUGAAGGUCGCAAGGAUCAACUCAAGACGGUAGAAUCUGCUGUCAGUGUCGAUGCUGAAAAUUCCAGUGAUGAUCAUGAACGUAGUGUUCAAACUCAAGCAUCACCACCGGUCCUAGUGAGCAGUGGCACUCAGGUCGAAAAAGCUGCAUCAGGAGACGCUGAUUGUCAAACUAAUCCAAUCGAACUAAGUGAUUUCAAGAUUCAAGCUUUUGAAAAUGAUGAUGCAUAUUUGGGCGAGCAAUAUAGGCCUAAACCUAUGCCGGAAUACUUUUCUGGUGCGAGUGUGACCAAUAUCAAGUAUUCUUCACAAGAUCCUAUUCUUAAAUCCAUUGAGAGAACUUAUCACUAUGUGUCUGCAGAACUUUCUGUGCUAAUGGAAAAUAUCUCAGGGCUAGAUAGUUUCUUCCAAGAUCAGUGCUUUGAGCAUCCCGUCAAGAUAAAUGAGAGUUCAAUUACCAACAUGUAUCAGUGGAGAAUUCCAGAUGCUUCUAAAUUGCAAACAAUCUUGGCUGAAAAGAAUAAACCAAUGAAGGAACUAUAUGGCCAAGUGGAAUCCACAAGUGGUAAAGUUUCUGAGUUGACAGAAAAAGGUAUCGAGUCCCUGCAGAACAAGCUCAUUGUCAUUAGAGAUGAAUAUAGUAACUUGGAAAAAUUGAGUCAUGAAUUUCAGAAGGCAUUCGGAGGACUGAGAUACCAUCAGUUGGAUAAGCAGUCUGAACUAAGGAAUAAAAUGUUCAAGACCUCGGAAACCAUUCAGCACAUCGAAGAAUUAUUACAAAUACUGAAACUUUACACCGUUCAGGGCAAACAAAUGGAAAGUAACACAUACGUCGUUAAACUGGCCAGAGAAGCUGCUGAUCGUGAAAACUUACUGCAAGAAAUUGCCCGUUUGAGAGAAGAUAUAAGAAACUUAAAUUUGAAAGAUGAACGUGCUCUGGAGCCAAAGGAAUCAUCUGCUGCCGUUGCAAAUGGUAUUCAAUCCAUCGAAGUGGUCCAAGUUGGAUUGAAGUUGAACACUAAGAGACAACUGGGUGAAAUGUUAAAGAAACGUACCAACAUCGAAACUUGA